GUACACAAAGGAUGGACAGUAUACGGUUAGAUCUGGAUACAAGAUUGCUCAAAAAAUUAAAUGGCGAAGCCAAGAGAGCAGUGGUUCAGCAGGAAAUUAUUCAGCCAUCUGGAAAGCUAUUUGGAGAUUACAAGUGAUCCCCAAAGUGCAACACUUUAUAUGGAGAAUUUGUUCAACCAUCCUUCCGUGCUUUCAAGUAUUGAGUAGUCGAGGUGUUGAUUGUGAUGUUUUAUGUCCUAGAUGUAGAACACAUCCGGAGUCGAUUCUUCACGCCCUUAAGGAGUGCAGCUGGGUUAGGGGUUUGUGGCUCGGGUCUCGUUUGGGAAUUAGAACUGAUUUGGUUCCGGCACCAAAUAUCACUGCUUGGAUUGAAGGUAUGAUCAAGGUCUUGAGUAAAGCUGACUUAGCCUAUUUUGCUUCAGUAUUAUGGCAGAUUUGGUUCUCUAGAAAUCUGUUAGUUCACGAGAGCAAAGACGAAUGUCAUGAGGUGAUUUUGCAACGCUGUUCUGAGUGCGAGGCUGAAGCUGAUUCAAGUGCGAAAGAGGCGAAGUCCGGGUCCAUAACUGGGUGGUGUGCUCCUGCGCAAAAUGUUCUGAAAAUAAAUACAGAUAUGGCUUUGAUGGCAGACGGUACUAAAGCAGGUCCGGGUUUUGUUGUUCGGAAUUCUGCAGGCCAGGUCAUGGCUUCAGGGGGUAAGCGGAUUAAUUCUGUUCAGAGUGUUGCUAUAGGUGAAGGGCUAGCCAUUUACUUCAGCCUUAUUACUGCUGCUGAUUGCGGGUUUAAGGACGUGGAGGUUGAGAGCGAUUCUCAAUCAGUAAUUCAACUGAUACAGGGAGGACGCUUGGAUACAUCGCAGCUGGGGUUGGUGAUUGAAGAUAUCCGUAGCUUAUUUGCGCGCUUUCAUAGUACUAGUUUUGUUUUCACUCGUCGAGAGAAUAACAAAACCGCUCAUUCAAUUGCUAAAUGGGCGUUAACUUGUGCGGAUGUUAUGGUGAUGAUGGAAGAUGUUCCUAUUCACAUUAGGCCUUGUAUUACCGAAGAUAUCGCUUCGGCUUUUGAUAAUUAAUACAAUGCUUCUUUGAUGAUCAAAAAAAAAAAAGAAGUUUGUUUAGGUUCGUGACUCUUACGAAUCCCCUUAAUUGAUAUUUGAAAUCUGCUCGAGAUAAAACUCAUGUUGGCUGCACUGCAAAGGCAUAUACGGCACCGUUUUAAACGCAUUAAGUCAACCCCCAAAAUCAUACACCUCAAUUCAAUUUCAAUUAGGUCUUCUCCAACGUUUUUAUUUCCUUCAAAAAGAAAAAACAAUUCACAGAUCCGAUUCGAAUCUUCGACAACAAAAAUGGACAAGAAGGCAGAAGACAUGUCAUCAGCAGAAGCUGUGUUCUUAGGAGCUCUAGCUCCUGGUGUCAAUGGUCCGACAUGGAAUACGCUAAAAUCAGCAUUUGUGUUACUGGGUGUGUCCCUUGCUGUAAUGUUUGGCUUAGCAUUCUCUUCAAGUGAUGUUUGGUUGAUUCUUCAUGUUGGGUUUCUUGUUCUGAUCACUUCCACACUCUUUUUGCUUCUUAGCUGGUUUCUUUCUCAGACUGGUCUGGUUGCUGUCGAACAUCAAAUGCGAGAAAUUGGAUUGGUUCCAAAUGAUCAUAAGGAAUGAAAACAAAAUCUAUUGCUUUGUUAAUAUGUUUAUGACAAGCAGAGAUGAAAACAAAACACCCAUCAACAGUCGAAAGAGCCGAAAGACUUUUACAUUAUUACUAUUUGGUUACAACAUAUGAUUCAUUCAACCAUAACAAAUUGAGACGAAAAGAUUUCACAAGCAGAAAGGUAAUCACCAAUCACCAUAGCUCCUCGUUAUGCUUUGAGAAGAAUUUCCCGGCGUGCUUAAUUGUGCCGAUUCAAUUAGUCAUGUUUGUGUUCCUUCUCCUUAUGUUUAUCUUUUUUGGACUUGAUGAAACAGAAACAUGAGCAACAAGGAAACUGAAAUAGGAACUUCAUCUCUUUGAUGCUGAUUUUAAUUGUUUGGAGAUCUUUAUGUAUAUAGAGGUUCAAUACAUGAUUAUUUUAUUUAUGGUAUAUCUUUUUGGAUGCCA